AUGACUGGCUCAGCACUCCCACUACUACAGUCGCUGGAACCCCAGCAGCUGGCUCUCCUCUCUUCCAUGCAUGAUGAACUCCCCUAUCUUAACCCUCCUGGCAAGUUUGACCUGCUAGGGAAAAAGGCAAGGUGGCAUUUUGCUAUGAAUGCCCGAGCGCUACUAGCGAAAGGCCGUGAAUUGUAUCCAGGAAAGCCGUACAGAAUGUUUACGGAUGUCGACGAUUUGAUUGUCCUUCCGUCUCAAUAUGUUGACGAGACCCGCAAUGAGCCGGCUCUUGACUUCCUCGAGUUCUUUUCUGAUAACUUCCAUUCCGGUAUUCCUGGAUUCGAUGGAUUUGCCUUCAACGACCGUCCUGAUGAACUUCUCAUCAGGACAAUCAACAAGAGGUUAACCAAGCUUCUAAAUCACGUCACUGCUCCUCUAUCUGCCGAGGCAGACUUUGCCACCAAACUUUUGCUUGGAACUUCCCCUGAAUGGAAAGAACUUGACUUCAAAGAGGCAAUGCUGGAUCUCGUCGCCCGCUUGUCAUCUCGCGUGUUUCUCGGCAAUGAGCUUUGUAGGAACGCUAAGUGGCUUGAGAUCUCCAAAUCUUACAGUAUGAACUCAUUCUUGGCUGCAGACUUACUCCGCCAGUACCCAAAGUGGUUCAGACCGAUUGCGUGCCGUUUUAUUCCACAAUGUCAGCUACUCAGGACCCAGGUGGCUGCAGGGCACACUGUGUUAGCGCCGCUGCUUGGCAAGCGACAGCGAGAGCUCCAGGAAGCGAUGGCAAAAGGAAAACCUGCACCUCCAUACAACGAUGCACUCCAGUGGUUCGCUGAAGAGAGCCAUGGGAAGCCGUAUGAUCCUGUAGCCUCUCAGCUAUCACUCUCAGUCGUGGCCAUCAAUACUACCUCUGACCUUGUAACAGAGACCAUGCUCCGGUUGAUUGAAAGGCCAGAGCUAGUGGAAGAUGUUCGCAAGGAGAUUGUUGAGGUCCUAAACAAGGAAGGCUGGUCGAAGAAAGCUUUGUUUAACAUGAAACUGCUCGAUAGCGUGACGAAAGAAGCCCAGAGGUUAAAGCCUAUAACAGCUGCAAUCAUGAAUCGCAAAGCCAAAGAUCGCGUCACUCUACCGGGAGGAUUAGUGCUGGAGAAGGGCGAUCGGUGCAUGUCAGACCUUGGCUCGAUGUACGACCCCAAUAUCUAUCCCGAUCCUGAAACCUUCGAUGGAUAUAGGUUCUUCCGCAUGCGGUCCGAUCCAGAGAUGGAGAGCAAAGCUCAUCUUGUAAGCACAUCUUCAAUACAUAUGGGCUUUGGACAUGGUCGCCAUGCAUGUCCAGGUAGGUUCUUUGCUUCCAACGAAGCUAAGGUUCUCCUGGCCCACUUGAUAUACAAGUACGAUUGGAAGCUGGAAGAUGGCUAUGUGCAUACCAUUGACGCGUUUGGUCUGGGCUUGAGCUCGGGAGAUUGUGGAAGAGUGUUUUCAAAGAAGCGGAUGCAUACUAAGCUGGAUAUUGAUGCACUGCUAUAA